AGAGAAGACUAGUAGUAUGGGGAUCGGAAAAUAAGGUCCAACGACGAGCAUACCCUUAUAGCAUUAUCCAAAAGCCAAAUUCUGUGGCUCUCCUUUACUUUUCUACUGAUUAAUUUGAACCCAAAGUGAUAUCUGAACAAACACGUACAAUCAGCUGUUCUGUUCAUCAAACCUCACUUCAGCCAUGAAUGACAAAGUGGACAAGUUGGUCAUCUUCCUAGCAAAGAGAGAUGGUAUUGACAAGCUUGUGAAGACCUUCCAAUAUACCUCCAAGCUUGUCCACUGGCACGCCGGAGCCACCCGUCCAGAUAUCGCCGGAAAAGCCAAGCAAUGGGAGGUUGCCUCGGGGCUCAGCCGGAAGGCUUUUAGGAGUGGCCGGUUUCUCACCGGCUUCAAUGGUCUGAGAAGAAGCCCUGGCUCAACCCCUGCCCUCCGGUUCCUAGCAGUUCUGGCUAACGCAGGCGAGAUGGUGUAUUUCUUUUUCGACCACUUUCUUUGGCUGUCAAGAAUUGGAGUCUUGGACGCGAAGUUGGCACAAAAGAUGAGCUUCAUAUCAGCAUUUGGUGAGUCUUUUGGCUAUAUUUUCUUUAUUAUAUCUGAUUUCAUUGCCAUUAGAGAGGGAGUAGCGGCAGAGAAAAAGCUCGUCAGUGCUUCAGAAGGAGAACCAGAGGAUGCGAAACAGAGCAUCAAAAAGAUCAAAGCUGAUAGAGUGAUGAGGCUGAUGGCAGUGGCAGCUAAUGUUGCCGACUUGAUUAUUGGUGUGGCGGAUAUCGAACCCAACCCGUUCUGCAACCACGCUGUUGCUCUUGGGAUCAGCGGAUUGGUCUCUGCAUGGGCUGGUUGGUACAGAAAUUGGCCCUCGUAGGUUUAAGAUUCCUGUUUAAAAUGGAAAAACAAAAACAAAGAAGAUGUUGGACAUUGAGACACCCAAGUGUUAUAGCUAUGAGAAUUAGUUACAAACUGAUGAUGUUGCAUACUUGCAUGUGUUUGAAACUCUGAUCCCAAUAUGCAACUGUUCCUCCGGUGGUGUAUGCAUGUGUAUAAUAACAAAUACUGUACCUUCCAACAUCA